AAGCACUGUAUAGAUUUCUAUAAGAGCCCUGCAGGCAAGCUUGGCCCAAAGCCACUCUUUGCUGCCUAAGAUGACAGACAAGAUGUACAAAGGCCAACCGCACCGGCAACCACCUCUCACUCAAUGGGACAGGGUCAUCUGAAGGCAGCAGGCUAGGUUGGGGGGUGGGUUAUAGGGCAGGCAGUGGUGGUUGGGCCUGUGGGGCAGAAAGCCGGGAGGCCAACAGUAGGUGGAGCUAGAGCCAAUGAGAGGCAGAGUCAACUAAUUGCAGUUUCCUCCCUCUCUUCCUCCACAUUGAGUUGUGCAAGAGCAACACUGAGACUAAGGAGGUGGAAGCUGACAGGCUGUAUCACCCUUUCAACUGAUUGUAAGUUUUUUUAAAAAAACACACACACACACAAAAUAGGGAGGUCAGUGGGGGCUGCCUGAGGGCAGACUCAGGAGCGGAGGAAGGGGGGUGCGGUGGGUGAGGACCGCCCCAGGUGUCACCACUGAGGGGGGUGACAAAAUGGCGGGCGGCACUCACUGUGGAGCCUGUAAUGCGCCCGAGCCACGCAUCUCAGCUGGGAGUGACACGGUGGCUUGGGCACCCACAGGCUCCGUGCUGCCCCAAAUGGUCUGCCCACCACCUUCCCCUCAGCUGUAGGGCGGCUGAGUGGGAGGAGGCAGCCAGACUCCUCGGCGGCCCCGCGGAGCGUCCUGCCCCACGGGCGGCUGGCCCCGCCUCUGGGCACAGGGCACGUGUGCUGCCCCAGGCACCCAAUCAGCUUGCUCCGCCUCUGGGCAGACUAAGGUUUUUAGGGCAGUCUCUUAUUUGUAGGGUAACUAGCAUCAUAUAACGAGCAUUCUUGAGUCUAAUUAAUGCAUGAAGGGGUUAAUGCCAUAGAGUAAGCUGUCCUGCCAGGCUUAUCAGCUAUGCCACUUCCCCUCACCUCGGGAGGAAAUGGGCAGCCAAGCCUUUUGUUGUACUCAGUCUACAUAUGAGGGGCAGCCUCCAUACCACACCUGGAAUACUGUGUCCAAUUCCGGGCACCACCAUUUAAGAGGGAUGUUGACAAGCUGGAACGUGUGCAGAGGAGGGCGACCAAGAUGAUCGAGGGUCUGGAAACCAUGCCUUAUGAAGAACUGUUGAAAGGAGCUGGGUAUGUUUUGUCUGGAAAAGAAGUGACAGAGGUGAUCUGAUAGAUGUCUUCAAAUAUCUAGACAGCUAUCACAUGGAAGAUGGAACAAGUUUGUUUUCUCCUGCUCCGGAGGGUAGGACUCAAACCAAUGGCUUCAAGUUACAAGAAAGGAAGAACUUUCUGACAGUAAGAGCUGUUCGAGAGUCGAACAGACUCAUUUGAGAGGCUGUGGAUGCUCCUUCCUUGGAGGUUUUUGAACAUCUGUCAUGUAUGAUCUAGUUGAGAUUCCUGCAUUGCUGGGGCUGGACUACAUGACCCUUGGGUCUCUUCCAACUCUACAAUAUUAUGAUUCUAUGAUUUACUUAAUAUUAAGGGUGUGUCCUGCAAACCUUCAGCACACAGGUACUCUCAGGGCAGCUUAACCUCUUGUUAUCCUCUUAGGAUAAAAACCAAUAUAAAUCAAACAAUGAAAACCAGUGAAACAGCAAGAAACAACAGAUAAAUCAUACUGAAUACAUAUAUAAAAAAAUAAGGAACAGCUAGUAAAAACUAUGACUGGCUUAGAAGCCCUAAAAAGUUCUAAAUCCGAUUGAUGGAUUGCACUUUCGUACCGCCCACCAACCUGGGCAGUUCACGAAGUUAUUUGUAAAAAAAAACACAAUCCAGGAAUUUUAAAAAAACCCCAAAAAGCUGUAAAAACCUUGGAAGAAUUGAGCUGUGAUCCUAUGGGGCUUACUUCUGUGCAGUCAUGUAUAGGAUUUGCUUUGUAAAAAGCUGCCGAAAUCCUCCCUGGGGACAGGAGGGGUGCCACUACCAACAAGGUGGUUGUGAAAAGGUACGCUACCCUCAAGCUCUUGGGAAGAAGAGGGAGAUGGUUUUUAAAAGUGCAAUCAACGAGAAUACAGUGGUACCUCAGGUUACAUACCCUUCAAGUUACAUACGCUUCAGCUUACAGACUCCGCUAACCCAGAAAUAGUACCUCGGGUUAAGUACUUUGCUUCAGGAUGAAAACAGAAAUUGUGCUCCGGCGGCACGGCAGCAGCAGGAGGCCCCAUUAGCUAAAGUGGUGCUUCAGGUUAAGAACAGUUUCAGGUUAAGUACGGACCUCCGGAACGAAUUAAGCACUUAACCUGAGGUACCACUGUAAAUGCACAUUCUGUGCAAAGGGACUGUGGAAGGGAGGAUCGUGUUUCUGCACCUUUCCCACUGCGACCCCCUUGUCUCCUUGAGUUCAGAAAACAUUGUCAUUUUCUUGGGAAAACGACAGGGGAAACCCCAGCCAGCCAGCCUGCUUCCUUAAGGAAAGCAACCAGCAAAAUUCCUUGGGUAGCCCAACAAGAUGGAUUAUCGUUCGCAACUUGACCACAUAAUGUUGCAACCCAGCAUUAUUCUUGGCCUCCCAGAGCCGAAGACAAGGCUCAGUUGCCCUCGCUCUGCAGCUAGGCUUCUCUACUCCCCAAAUCCAUCCGUGUCAUGGAUGGGGUGAGGCCCAAGGGACAAAAGAAACCCCUCAAGCUUCUCUGUCUGUCCCGUAGAUCUCUCCCGAGGCCACAUCCUCCUCUGUGGCCUGGAUUCGAAUCCCGUGUGUUUUUGCCUAGCUGGAAUGUGUCCUUGCAUUCAGAUGAUGAUGCCUCCUGCUCACCUGGGCAGAAAGGAGUGUGUGUGUAGAAACUGGCCUGCCCAUACAAAGGGAACACUUGCAUCCAGUGCUGUGGAUGUGGCCCUCAGGAGGUUUUCCCAGAGGGGAUUGAGGCCCUCAGAGUGGAAAAGGUUUCUCUCCCUGCCCUGAUCUAUAACAUUAUGCUGGGGAAAUUGCCCCGUCAAUUUUCAAAUAGUAACAAAUUUCCUGAGAACUGUAGUUUGUUCAGGGAAUUGCUGCAAACUGAAGAUCUGUGAAGAAGGGUCUCCUACCAAAUAGCUCUGAGUAGCUCAGUUGGCACAGCAUGAGAUUCUUAAUCUCAUGGUUGUGGGUUCGAGCCCUGCAAUGGAUAAAAGAUUCCUGAAUUGCAGGGGGUUGGACUAGAGGAACCUCACGGUUCUUUCCAACUCUCAGCACCCUUAAGAAACUAUAGAUCCCAAGGUCCGUUGGUGGAUGGGGGGGUUCUAGCGAGACAAGCAAGAAAGACUAGCAAGCACAAGGCUAAAGUCACUCUGCACCUGUUGAACAAGGACAGAACAGUCAACUCCUUAAGCAUGUAUAGCACACUCCAUUUGAAAAGAAAAAUCUUUGUGGUGAAGUGUUCUGUGUAACCCAAAAGCUUACAUUUGCCAACACCACAUAUGCAUCUUAAACAAAUAAUGUUCAUUUGUUCCUGCAAAAACCUGCACCUAUCCAUUCUUGCUCCUUAUCCUGCCCCCUGAAAGGAUGUGGGUCGUAGGGUCUGGAUGGGCAUCGUACUUCAUUCCUUACAUCAUAUGUGUGGUAACUGUGUCCAUGUGUCCAACACCCCAACAUGAGAUUUUCAGAAUGGUGACUGUGAGAAUCAGCUUAAAAGAAAAAGGAAAAAAAGAAAACAUUCCUUUCUAAACAGAUCUUCCGGUAUUAUUUUACGAUAAGCCGUCUAGGCUUUUGGGUUUUUCCCCCUGCCCUUGACCUGACUUACCGUAAAAGUAAACUCCGUAUUGAUUUUAAUUUUAUAAUCUUUUACUAUUUUAUGACUGUGUGCAUUAUCAUUAACUACCUUGAUGUACGUGUCUAGGUUUAUAAACUUUUUUUAUCGUAGUGUGUAUUGUGAGUGUCAGUAUGGGUGCAAACUUCCUGGUGACACAGAGCUCUCGCUCAAACAACUGACAGUUUUGAUGAAACCAUGCAAGAAUGAUCAUGCUGUGAUACGCCAAGGAAUCCUGCUGGCCUGGCAUUUUCUCCCCGACAGUGGUCAGCCUAGGUGCCUCAGGGAAACUAAUGUGCAGGGCCAGAGUGGAUCAGCCAUGAGGUGAAGGAUGAAAUGAUCAUUUUGGGGAAGACUAUCUGCUGUAAAGAUGUAUAUGCCACCUAAGAUGUUGUUUUUAUUUCAAACAAACCCAGUGAUCAGUGGGGUGGGACACUUUAAGGAUUGGCAAAAAGCAUUAUCAAGAUUUAUCUGGCGGGGGAAAACCAAUAAUUACCGGUAAAUAUAAACUUCUCACAGUUGUAAAAGAAAGAGGUGGAUUCUCCCUACCAGACUUGAAAUUAUAUUAUGAGGCGUCCUGCCUUUGCUGGCUGAGGGAUUGGAUAUUGUUGGAGAAUACAGACUUACUAGAUUUAGAAGGACAUGAUAAUAAAUAUGGAUGGCACACAUAUUUAUGGUAUGACAAAGUCAAAGUUCAUAGAGGGUUCCUGAAGCACACAAUAAGAAAAUCAAUUUAUGAGGUAUGGAAUAGAUAUAAAAACUUAUUAGAAUGGUGUGGACCAGCCAUUUAAGAGCAUUUAAGACCAGGCCAAUGACACCCUCUUCUUACAGUAGGCACCCAGGACAUUGGAAACAGAACAUUGUCAGUGGGCUACGAUCCACUUUCUCACCACAAUGCCUAAUUGUUUACACCUCAACCUUUCCUCUAACCUAAUAAGUCCCAAAUGUUUUAACCUUUCGUCAAAGAGGAGUUGCCCAUCCCCUUAAUUACAGACUCUCCAAGUGUCCCUAUUGUCCAGGGACAGUCCUGACUCGAGGGUAGAUAGGAUAAUUUUUUCAGCCCAACUUCUAUUCCCCAUUUCCAGGGUUUCUCUUCACAAGGGGGAAAACAUCCUUUGCGGUAACAUUUGAUUAGCAAAUACAGUGGUACCUUGGUUCUCAAACUUAAUCUAUUCUGGAAGUCCGUUCCAAAACCAAAGCGUUCUGAAACCAACGCACGCUUUCCCAUAGAAAGUAAUGUAAAACUAAUUAAUCCGCUCCAGACUUUUUUAAAAAAACCCUAAAACAGCAAUUGAACAUGAAUUUUACUAUCUAACGAGACCAUUGAUCCAUAAAAUGAAAGCAAUAAUCAAUGUACUGUACUAUAAAAUAAAUAAGACAGUAUUGUAGAUGAUAAAAAUAAAAAAAUAAAAAUUCUUACCUGCACUGAUGAUAGUCAUUGCUUGGAUGGGUGGCUUUUAUCCAUUUCCACUAUCACACAAUCAAUGAGUCAGUAGCUGAACUGGGUUCCAGACAGUCACAAAAACAAAUUAAUCAAAAAUGCCUAAAAACAAACACAAAUUAAACAUCAAAAACAAGAGCGCCAAACUUAAUCUGUUCCGGAAGUCCAUUUGACUUCCAAAAUGUUCAAAAACCAAGGUACAGCUUCUAAUUGGUACAGAUGCCUCGGAAACGAUAGCCAACAGCCACAAAAGAUGUUCGGCUUCCAAAAAAUGUUCAAAAACUGGAACACUUGCUUCCGGGUUUUCGGAGUUUGAGAACCAGAGCGUUUGAAAACCAAGGCAUUUGAGAACCAAGGUACCACUGUAAAACGUUGAACUUGCUUUUCUUUUCUUUUUUGGUUUGGUUGUUUAUCCUGGUAUUCUUGCAUCCCCCCCCCUUUUUUUUGGCAAAUAAAAAAUCCCCUGCUGUACAGUCUCUGUCCUGAUCAGCUUUGGCACGCACAGCAAGGCUGUUGUUGAAAGUUUGCUAUCCGGUUCCACCACUACCGCCAAACCGGGCUGUAACAGUGUGUCUGAGCUUUCUUACUUAAAUUACACAGCAUUCUUCUUAAUUGGGCAGGACUGACCUUUCGGGAACUGGUGAGUGAAGCGUGUAGAGGUUUGGCCUAAGUACUUUUUGUAGUCCUUCCAAUGCAUAAUACUCCCAAACCAGUUUUGAUAAUGAAUAAUUAUUUAACUAAUCAUUUACAUUUUAACUAAUUCAUAGAUCAAGCAAUUACAGUCGCAUAUCCAGAUGCUUUUUGGAGAUACCGAAGGAUAAACUAUGCAGUGAUCAAAAGCUGUCCAUUUCAACUGUACUUGGAAGUCAGUUCCCUGGAACAUAGUGGGUCUCCCUUUUAAGUAAAUAGGCUCAGGCUGCACAGUUUAAGACAAUUAAUUGAAACCGCUAAAGGUUUCAGCCACAUUUGAGUUUAUUUUUCUGUUAUGUUUUCCAAAAAAUAAAAAUAAAAAUUUAAAAUAAAUCUAUUUUUAUUAUUGGAUCAGCUUCGACCGGUGUCAGAAGAAGCACUCUGGAUACUCGGGGAUGGGAUGGCUCAGAAGAAAUUGCAUAGGUCCCAAAAUUGUUUUCUGCUAAUUUAAAACAAGGUGUGUUUUUUAAAAAAAUAACACUUAAUUCUGAGACCCCAAUAUUAUAAUAACUAUGUAAACUGGGCCCACACUUUAAAAUCCCUGGGGUGGGGGGGCUGAAUUCCACCCCUGUAUGGUUCUUUCCUAAAUAAAACGAAUCCAUGCUUUUAGUUCCUCCCAACUCUUCAUAAUUCAUCUUUUCCUAUGUUGCUGUCUUUUUUUCUCUCUCUUUACUGACCUGCUGUUUUGUAAUCAUUUAAUGCACCGGAUUUUUAACUUGGCUGCUUUUCAUGUUUGGAUUGGCUCUGGAAAAUCCUUGAAGACAGAAAUAUUUGGAUGGAGUUGAAUUAAAUCAUAGGGUCUGCAGCUUCCUCUCUCUGAUCUUCCCACCCUAGCCCAAAAAUCAAAAAAUGUAACCGCGGCCAAAAAAUGUAACCGCGGCCCCUUUAAGUCUAAGGAGCUGACUUUUGGCCCGGGGGCAAGUGGACGGCCAUUCAUCGGUACCCCCAGGAGAAGGGGGCGGAGAGAGGCAUGCGGCCCGCGGGCCGUGCCCUCUAGCCUGCCCCUUGAUCUGCCCGCGCCCAGUUACCCCCGCGGACGAGCGGACAAGUGCCAAGUUUCGUGGAGGUGGGGGGGGGGAGAGAAAAGGGAGAGGAGAUUAGAUUCCUUGUUCCGGGAACGGAGGCAUGUGUGAUCUCAGCCUCCUGGAAUCCGCGAGUCGCCUGCGAUCCCGGGAUAGGACGAGGAAGGCGGCGCGCGGGGGGGGGGGGGGGAGGAAACCCGAGUCCUAUAAGAAGCGCGCCGCGACGAAGGUGCAACAAGUGGAGGUGAUCCGAGGCUCCAAAGGCACUGCUGCAAGAAUGGAGGUGCUUUCAGGUAGGGGGAAAUUGCCAGGAAACUUGGGAAAGGGGGGUUGUAGAGGUAAAUCUUGCCGCAAGUCCUGUAAAUCCCUUCUCCCACCCCCAGCAAAAAGGAGAAUGGCUCGAUCGAGUUCUUGCUCUGGAAGUUUGCAAAGUUUGCAAACAGAAGUCACGAGUUCGCAGACAGCGAUGGGGGAAGAGAUGCAGAGAGUUGCCCCACUUAAAGGCAGCUUCGAUUGGAGACGUUAUGGAAGGAUCAUUGCCAUAUUCUUCUUAAAGCUUUUAUCUGCCGAUCAGGCUGGUGUUGUUUGUCUAUAUGCCCAGAUAAGUUGGUAAAAAAAAGGAGCUCUUUUUUCCCCUUAAAACAUGUUUAGGGGUACUCUCAUUUUGACUCGAGAAAAAAAAUCACCAUUUUAUAGUUCAAGUCGGGGAAAAUAAAUACAGUAAAUGGACAAAAGGACAAAGAUUUGCAAAAUGUUUAGGGGUAUGAGUACCCCUGGGGCCCCCCCUGAAAAAAAGCACUGGCAAAAAGGAAAUGGGGAAUCCCCAGUUGGGAUGAGGGAAGCAAUCCCCAGGAUCUCCUAGGAGCAGCAGGGGGUAGGAAAAAUUGACUGUCCCCUCCUGAUUAUUAUUUUUUAAUUGCCUGGAGCUUUAUUAUUAUUCUAACCUAACUUCAGCUAUCCUCUUGUGAAGCAGGCUUUUCCCUUGUUUUCAAAGGCAGGUCUUCUGUGCCUUUUAACAGCUGUUUAACGGGCAGGGAUUCAACUGGUAAAUCUCUCCCGUGAGCCCAUUUGAGAGAGAGAAAAUGAAAUACUACCUGUCUCACAGGUUUUAAAUGCGGAAGAAACCUGCCUGAAAAGCAGUUAAUCUAAUGUAAUUAAGAAUUCUGUGACUUUUUGUGUAAUAAAAUUAAUAAUCGAAUGGUAGUUCUGCCUUGGCUUCAACUGACUCAGGCUGGUAAGAGAAAGGAAGUUUUUAUCGGGGAGAAUCAUCAGGGCCAACUUUUGUUUGAACUUGCAGUGUACACAAGUUCAAACAUCUUGGCAUCUGCAUGAAUGAGUCUAGAGCAUCUGGAUGCUAUGAAUAAGACAAGUCUUUGGUUCAGAUUUUCCCUUUAGCAGGGAAAAUGCUCUACAGAAGAAGUUGGUGGAAAAUUAACUCAGGGUAAUGGACGCCAAAUCCAAACUCUAUUCUGGAACGGGGCUACUGCUGGCUUAGCCGGCAGAAGGAGCACAAAUCUUUAAAUGGUGUUUUUGCUGGCUUAUGCCAGGUUCACAAGUCAAAAUGCUGAGCUGGCUGGGUUUAGGAUCUGGCCUAAGUCCUCUUUUUGGGUCCUGCCUGUGCCACACCCCUGGAAACCCCCUUUCCAGGGCUUACACCAGCCAGAGACCCUAACCCCACUCAACUCAGUGGAGCAGGACCCAGCCAGCUGAGCCCAACAACAUAAGCCCUGAAAAGGGGAAGGGAGAGGUUAUGGGAUGGGACUAGAGAGUGGGGACUUGGGCAGGAUCCUGACAUGGUUCCAUGUGGACUAGCAACCUGGUGGUAAGUUACACCACAAAAAGGGUGGCGUUAACUUGAACACUAUUUUAAAGGCUCCCCCCGCCAGGUUUAGGCUGACGGCUGAGCAGCUGCAGUCAGUUGACCAAAUUUCCCAAGUUGUGCAGACAUGUUCUUGGGUGUUCAUUAUGGGGAAGAAGCUCAUAAAACAUAGUUAAGUAAUACUGUACUUCAGAUGUGUCUCUUAUGUCAACUGUCAAAAGUUGGUUGCUGAGGGCAGGCUGCUGGGUGGUUGGGACGGGCAACCCAUUUGCUCACCUCUUUCCAUACCAGGUGGUAAAGGGUUAAGCUGAUUCCACUCUCCACUUUCCCUUUCUAAUCUUUCCUGUCCAAGCCAGAAUUGUAAAACCAGAGCAAUUUCCUUUUCUCCUUCCCUGCCUUCCUGGAGAGCAAUGAAUGAGAGAUAAAUCUUUGCACGUAUCUCCCGCUGCAGUACCUGAGGCCAAAGUUAAACAUUCACUCAGAAGGAAAGUUCUCUUCAUCUUGGGGGACUUCUAUGCCUAGCCAUGGAGUGCCAGUGUGUGCUUUGCACUUAAGAUGGCUGGGUGCUAUUCGUGGCAUUCCCCCCUUGAAGGAUCACAGCUGUGGAUGGCAAAGAUCUCUCUUGACUUCCAAGACUGCAUACAGGCCAUGCUACAUGUCAAACGCCUGACAAAAGAUUCCCUAGAAUGGUAGUUUGUUAAGGGUGCUGGGAAUGGGAGCUCUGCAAGGGUGGACUACAGUUCCCAGGAUUCUUUGGUGGAAAUAAUGUGCUUUAAAUGUUAGGUAUGUGCACAGCCCCCAAUGCCAUACAGUGGUACCUCGGGUUACAUACGCAUCAGGUUACAGACUCUGCUAACCCAGAAAUAGUACCUCGGGUUAAGAACUUUGCUUCAGGAUGCGAACAGAAAUUGUGCUCCAGCGGCAGCAGGAGGCCCCAUUAGCUAAAGUGGUGCUUCAGGUUAAAAACAGUUUCAGGUUAAGAACGGACCUCCGGAACGCAUUACGGUAAAUACUUAAUCUGAGGUACCACUGUAUUGUCUAGUAUUCUAUUUAGCAAUAGCAGCCAACCAAAUAUCCCCAGGAAGCCCCCAACCACAGCAGGAAAGAAUUUGCCCUCCCUGUUCUUUUGUACAAUCCUAGCAUCUGAUUAUUAUUAUCCCUGAACACAAGAGGUUCCAUUUAGUUCACAGGAGAAACAGAGACAUAGUAGAGGCUUAUUUAAAAAGCUUAAGCCUCUGCAACACUCCUCACCCAAGCAAUUUUAUUUUAUCAUUUCAUCUGUUUCUUGAAUCCUCCUAGGAGUUCAAAGGGACAUACAUAGUUCUCAUCCUGCCUGUUUCAUCCUCAAAACAACCCUGUGAGGUAGCUUAGGCCGAAAGCGAGUGACUUGGCCCAAGAUCACCCAGAAUGGGGAUUGGAACCCUGGUCUGCCAGGUCGUAGUCCAAAGCUCUAACCACUACACCACACGAGCCCCAGGCCCCCAAACUCUCCAUCCUGCCCUCAUAGAGAAAAUGCUUCAGCCUUUUAGACAUCUUAGUUUCCUUUUUCUAACUUGGAAACCCAAGACCCUGGGAAGUUGCUGCUUUGCUUAAGGCAGCAGGUAGACCUGGGUAAUAAUUGAUCGGUGUAUUUUUCCCCCCCUUUUCAAAACUGGGGGAAUCGCCCAUCCUACCAUUUCUUCAUCCCUAUGUGUAACCUGAAACUAGCACCCAGAAAGAGCCUCAUAACUAAUUAAGUCUGCUGCCUCUUCCUACGCUCAGACUUUAUGGCUUUGACGCCAAGUCAGCUUCUCUCUCCUUCUCUGCCCCCACAUGGCUUAGCACCUAGCCUGAUGAAGAGCUCUGGGGAACUCUAAAGCUUGCACAUCUUUUGGGACCAGCCCCACAAUGCCAGGAAUUAAAAUGCAUUUUAAAAUGUCCGGAAAUAAAAGCUAUCGCCCUCCUGUGGACUGUGAAAUGUCUUCUAGAAAUUGGUCGCCUUGCAUAAACCGUCACACCCUCCUCUAUUUCCAGGGAGCUUCUCUGUGGGAUUCUCUGCAGUUCCUUCGCACACAUAACUCCCGGGUUGUCCUCCCCACCUCUCAGCUUCUUCCAAGAUAGAAACACAGGACACUGCUUCCUUCCUCUACUCUGACUGGCACCUGUCCUUCCCCCAGGUUUCAGACAGGAGCUUUUGCAAGCCCUACCUGGAGAUACCAGGAUUGAACCUUUGACCUUCUGUAUGCAAAGCAGAUGCUCUACCCACCCAGCUACUCUGCCCUUACCCAAGACGUCUGUGAUUGCUGCAUGAGAGGGUGGGGAGACCAAAUUGCUUGGUUGAAGAAAAUCUCGUUUGCUUCUGAUGUGCUGUUAAUAAUCUGUGCAUACAAAUUGUCUCAGUGAGAAGGGUGGAGUGUGCCUGAUAAGGACAGGCAGGAAGCCCUUGAGCUGUCUGUGAUCUGUGUAGAUAAGUUGAUGCUGUGGUUUUCCCACUCAGGGGAAAGUGAUGUGGACUUUGCCUCUGGUAACCUGGGUCAGUAAUCUGAUAUGGGAGUGCUAUUUUUGUUUCAGUCUCUUCUUUGUGUAUUUAUAUUUGUGUGUGUGUGUGUGUGUGUGUGUGUGUACAGUACUUAAAAAUCCCUUUGCAUAUCACCGGUCCUUAAAGUACCCUUGCAAAGUAGGUCAGCUAAAAGGUUUUGCCCUUAGGUACAGACUCCAAAAUACAAAACUGCAGGUCUAUUCAUUCCAUGAGCUGUGAAGACUGCUGGUGUGCCUAAGUGAAAUGCAGUUUAAUGGGAAAGCUCUUCACUCUUCAAUAUACUGUUACGUGCGGUUCCAGAAUUGGCCUCCACAGUCACUUAAGGACUCACUGUUAAAACUGUAUUCAUGGAAGACAAUCUUACUUGGCUACGAGUGAUCACCAAAGUAGAAGAACGUGCCACACACACACACACACACACACACACCAUUUCCCAGCAGUGUGAGAUUCCCAGGGUUCCAGACGCUUGCUCAUGUUUCUUUCAGAAAUUGGGCAUGGCAGAGACUGUGAUGUCUUUAUGAUAUAUAGAUUUAUUACACAUAUAUUCAACCUGUACCUACAUGGAGGGAUUACAGAGCAUUCACAUCCUGUGAGGGUCUGGCCUCCCCCUUAAGGGCAGCAUUGGAGUCAAAGGACAGCAAAAAGUCUGUCCUCUGUGCCUCUUAGUUCCAGCCUGUCAUUCCCAGCCCCUCCUCCUCCUCCUCCUUCUUGCUGCCAACCCACUUGAAGGACCUCCAUCAAUCAAAGUUGAAACCCUAAACCUGGCUUUUGCCUCUGCCCACAAGCACCCAAGAAGAAGGGGCCCCACUCCCCUUUGCCUGCAAUCUUGCCUUCCUUGAUGAGUUUCCUUGAUGGGUAUUACUGGCUUUUGUCUCCUGCUAAUGGCCCAUCCAGCUAGCUCUGCAUAACUAAAUCCAGGGGUUUCUGUGUUUGGCAAAGUUUAAUCGCACCUUGAUUAAUUCUUACUUUUACUAAAUCCAGGAAUUAUGGGGGAACCUGGCCCCCCCACAAAUCAAGAGCAAUGUUUUAAAAGGGGGAUAUUGCAAUUAAACACAGACGCACCUUCUUCUUCAUAUCUGACAUGUGCAUGUUCUAGAAGUUUCGCACUUUUUUGCACAUAUAAAUAUGCUUGGCAUACUCGGGUUUUUAAAAACAUUCUCUUUCUGAUCUUUUGGAGGUGAACACAAAAGCCAUAUAUUUAUGAUUUUGUUGGGUUUUGUUCUGUGGUUUUGAAAGCUGCCUUGAGAGCUUCCUAACCAAGGUGGCCCAUAAAUAUUAUAUUUAAGACUGUUUUCAGUCCCAUUCGACUCCUGCCUUCCCCAACAAUUGAGUUAUCCUGCUGGGCAAGGGGGGGUGGGGGGUGGAGUUCCAGUAUGGGGAGUUGUUUUUUGGAUCCCAGCCAACUUCAGGCAUUUCCAGUGGUGGGGAGUUGUGACUCUGAAAACACACACACAGCCCUAUCUGCCCUCUCCCAAAGUGAUUUCGCAUGUUAGUAUAGAAUAGGGAGCCAUUAUUUAGAGUGUUGGACUCCAAGACCUGGAGGUGCCCCCUCAGACAUGAAGCUCUCUGGGUGACUUUGGGCCAGUUGCUGUCUCUUAGCCUAACCUACCUCACAGGUAGCAUAAAGGGAGGGGGGGUCCUUGGAGGAAAAUUGGGAUGUGUAUAUGUACAGGUAAUAAAUAAUGUGCGAGAGGUGUCAUUGCUACUUUCUAGAAAACCCCAAAGGUCCCUUGGGUGCACACUGCUCGUUGCAUGUCUGUUGGGGGUUACACUCUGGGGGAAACCAGUCUGCCUCUUUUGUCUUUUCCAGCCCUCUCCCCUCACAAGCAUCUGCAGAGGCCCACCUUGAGGUUUACUGUGGACUGUGAGCUUGCCCAACGCAGCAUCUUAACUUUCUGCUUGCUUCUUCUUCUGCAGUGGACUUGCCAAGCCACCUUUCAUCAUCGCCACCAUCUCACUCCCAGCAAGAAAUCGCACUCAGGAUCAAAAAUGCAUACAACCUGGCCAUCAACAUGCAGGAUGGCGCAAAACAGCUGCUAGCAGACUAUGUGAGUCCUCAGAACCUGAGAGAAAUGAACAUAUUCUUGGAGGCCAGGAAGGUGUGUGUGUGUGUGUGUGUGUUCAGCUAAGCACUGAAAUUAAUGAGCCGAAGACAGCCAUGUCCUUUUACUUCAAUAUUGAUUGAUUGCUUUUAUAUCUCACCUUUUUCACCAACCCUGUGAGAGGUAGGUUAGGCUAAGGGGCAGUGGCUGGCCCCAGGUCACCCCAUGAGCUUGUGUAAGUCACUUUGAGAUCCCUUGGUGCAAAAAUGUGGCUACAAUAAAGCCAGCUAUGCAUGGAAAGACAGCCAGCCUUUUUCCUGAAUCCCAGCGAGGAUUUGAAACCUGAUCUCCCAGGUCCUAGUCUGACGCUCUAAACAUGAGGCCGCACUGGCUCUCCUCCGAUCUGACUAGCCUUGUGUGUAAAAUGAUACUGGUUUGCCUUAACUCUGAGCAUAGGACGGGGUCUGACGCAGGUGCGGACAGCCAAGCUGCAGUAACUUGGCCCGUGAUCAGAGGCACGUUGCGUUUGAAUUGUCUCCUCUUCCCCCAUCCCCACCUCCUUAGAUCAUCUGCUUUGCGAUUUCCCUGUAGCUCGGCGAGUGACCUUGGCCUAGCCUCGGAAUAUCUCAGCCAAACAACAACGUUACAAAAGGGUGUUUGUGAAGACAAAAUGCGAUUGUCUCAUCUGCCGGUACCUUGGAGAAAGGGUGGGGUACAGAAUCCAGGAACCCGAACGUCAAGGCUUAAGAGCUCUGACCGCCUUGCGUGUCUUUUCAUUUCUCAGAUGUCUAUUCAGGACGAACCCUUCACAAAUGCCGGUUUCAACCCUCCCGUCGAGCCCUUCCCAGGCCUGCCGUCGCCAUCCCUUCCCCCCAGCGCCUGGAUGGACCUUAGCGACGCCGAACGCCUGCAGCAGAACGUCACGGCCUUCUCCAAUUUGCCAGUGUUCCUGUCUGCCGUCAAAAGCCAACAGGAGGUGAUGAACUCCGAUGCCAGUGACCUGCACCACCAGCUCACGUUGUCGCGCCUGCAGUGCCUUGGUCUGUCGAACCACCUUGCAUCCAUCAUGGCCUCCAUGGGCCUUGUACCUGCUCCAGCGACGCCGGCUGAGCCGCCGGGACUUGGCAGCUCCUUUUUCAUGAAAUUUUCCGGCUACCGCGUUUGCCAUCUCUACCGGGAUUGGGUCCUCCGUUGCGUAAAGGACCUGUCCCUCCUGGCUGACAGAUACCCUGUCCCCUCGCUCUGAGGGGAAAUUGUGUGGUGUCGUAUGUACCAUCCCAGUUGGCUUCUGUUUUUGUGUUGGUGAGGGGAAGUUAGGAGAGUAGAAAACUUUUUCUCUCUGCCCACGGGAAGGCUGAAGGAAUGAAACGCCCUUCCCUUGUGAGGAAUGCUUUUCUCAUGUAGCUGCCCCAGCAAAGCAACACUGAACUGCCUCCAUCUUGCCUAUCUCCUUCAUAUUCUCAUUCUCGUCCUUCUUGUCUUAAAAAAAAGGGGGGAAAUCCAGAAUAUGAAAGGAGAAAAUGUUUGCAGAGGAGCAGCAUUGGCUCUCCCGCCUUUUGGCAGGGCCUGAAUGCCUUUGUUCAUUGUGAGACAAGAGAGAUGGCGCUUCCACCCCACAGCAGCCAUUUUGUGAGAGAUACUUUGGCCUCUCAAUUUGGAAGAGGUUCUCGAGGGGAGCAGGGUAUCUGGUUCCAAAUUUUUCGCCUCCCUGUAACACUGAACACUAAGAAACAUGAUGUUCAAAGGCAGUGGAAAGCCAAUAUAGCCUAUGUGCCUUUUCUUAUCCUCUGUGUGGCGCAUUUAGAAAUUCAACAGGUAAAGAAAGCCUGUAGGCCCUGUAGACGGCUAACGGGAGAAACAUGAAGCUACCGCAGUUACUCCCAUCACAGUUGUUAAAGGUGCAGAGUGGAGGUGGGGAAAGGUGAUUAAGAUGGAGUCCUUAUGAGCAAGGCUUUUGUGGCAUUAUUCCCUUUCAAUCUGAACACCUUUCUACUGGGCGGUGAGACACAUUGAGAGAGGCUGUGUGUAGUUCAAAUCCCUUACUCAGGCCCUAACCUACCUUACAGGGUUUUUGUGAGGAUGAAAUGAGGAGGGGCAGAGCCCUGUAGGCCACCUUGAGCUCCUUGGGGGCUAUAAAUGUAAUAAUGAUUAUUUUUUUCCCAUUGGUUCCUCAGUGCCGAGUUAGUUCUCUCAAAGAAUUAUCUUGAGGGAGAAACCAUUACCUAUUUCAUGGUAUCUUGUUAACCCUUAAUAGCCCUUCUGACCCCACCCUUUUCUCCAGUUAUGGGGAGGAAGAAUGUGCAAACUCUGGUUUUGAGAAAGCUGUUCUCUUCAGGGCUUUUGUUCCUGUCCUAGAGACUUUAGUUUCUACUGUAUGUGUUAUGUUUAUAUUAAUUAUAUAUGUGGAUAUAUUUAUAUAGCUGCAGCCUAAUUAUGUGAAUAUUGUUAAAUUAAACUAUUUUUAGUAGGAA